GCGAGUUUAGAAUCGGUGCUGUGUGUUCGUUUUCGUGCAGUGUUGAUUUCGAAAUCUCGGGUGAAUGUGAUCGCUGGAAUCGGUGGAACGGGUUGCAAAGCAGUGGUGCUGCAUGAAGGAGACCCAUACGGUGUCGAAAUUUGCAGCAGCAGCAGCAGCAGCGACAUCAGAAGUGUCUAAAGCAACAUGAUGACCAUACGUGGAAUUUGGUCAGGACCUCAGUUUAAAAUGUUAAUGCUGCUGACCGUGACGGUGGUGUUAGCGUUGGUUGUGCCAUCCAACGAGGAACCGUACGGUGGAGGUGGUGGAUAUUUUGGUGCAGAAACACGAUGUCCGCGACUAUGUUCCUGCACUGGCACGACAGUGGACUGUUCUCACCGAGGAUUGACCCAGGUGCCGCGGAAGAUUCCAUCGGAGACCGAUAGACUAGAUCUGCAAGGCAAUAACAUCAGUGUCAUCUACGAGUCCGACUUACAAGGAUUGGCGAAGCUGCGAAUACUGCAACUGACGAACAACCACAUACACAACAUUGAGAAGGACGCCUUUCACGAUCUGAUAUCGCUGGAAAGAUUACGACUUAAUAGCAAUCGCUUAAAAACAAUACCAGAUAAUUUUUUAUCCAGUGCUGCUAAUUUAUUAAGAUUGGAUCUGUCACACAAUGCACUUACCGCCGUACCGAAGCGUGCAUUCAAGGGAGCGUCAGCCCUGCGUAGUCUUCAGCUGGACAACAAUCAAAUCACCUGCCUGGAUGAAGGUUCCGUAAAAGGGCUGACAGAGCUGGAAAUACUGACGCUCAAUAAUAACAACAUCACCACGCUGCCGCGCGACAUGUUUGCCGGAAUGCCACUCCUGCGGGCGCUGCGCCUUUCGGAAAACCCAUUUGCGUGCGAUUGUCAUCUUUCCUGGUUGGCCCGGUAUCUGAAGAACGCAUCACGUCUGGCACCGUACACUCGGUGCCAUUCGCCCGGCCAGCUGAAAGGACAAAAUGUGGCGGAUCUGCACGAGCAGGACUUCAAAUGUUCCGGUCUAACGGAAAAUGCUCCGAUGGAGUGUGGUGGUCGCAGCCUCUGUCCCCAUCCAUGCCGCUGUGCCGACGGUAUAGUGGACUGUCGUGAGAAAAGUCUUACCACCGUACCAUCCACCCUGCCGGAAGACACAACCGAGCUCCGGCUCGAGCAGAACUACAUCACCGAAAUUCCACCGAAAGCGUUCGCUAACCACCGGCGCCUUAAGCGGAUAGACUUGUCAAAUAACAAUAUUUCGCGAGUCGCCUACGAUGCCUUCAGUGGACUGAAGUCCUUAACGUCGCUUGUUCUUUAUGGUAAUAAAAUUAAGGAUUUACCGGCGAGCGUUUUCAAAGGAUUAACCUCACUCCAGCUGCUACUGCUGAACGCAAACGAAAUCAGUUGCGUGCGAAGAGACGCUUUCAAGGAUCUGCAUAAUCUUAGCCUUUUGUCACUGUACGAUAACAACAUUCAGUCGCUGGCCAACGGAACGUUCGACUCCUUGAGAAGCAUCCAAACACUACAUUUGGCACGCAAUCCUUUCAUUUGCGAUUGCAAUCUACGCUGGUUGGGUGAUUAUCUGCAUCACAAUCCCAUCGAAACCAGCGGUGCCCGGUGCGAUGCUCCGAAGCGAAUGCAACGCCGCCGGAUUGAAGCUUUGAAGGAUGAAAAGUUCAAAUGCACCGAUGACUACAGCAAGAUCAAAUAUUCCGGCGAAUGUCGCAUGGACCAGGAAUGCCCGGCGGCUUGUCAUUGUGAUCGCACCACGGUCGAUUGUUCGGGUCGUGGUUUAAAGGAAAUUCCGCGUGAUAUUCCGCUUUACACCACGGAACUAUUGCUGAACGAUAACGAGCUUAAUCGCAUUAAGUCUGAUGGACUGUUCGGUCGGCUGCCAAAUCUUGCAAAGCUGGAUUUGCGAAGAAAUCAGAUAUCCGGUAUCGAACCGAAUGCGUUCGAAGGUGCCACCAGAAUACAAGAGCUGUUUUUGAGCGAAAACAAAAUCAACGAAGUGCAUAACAAGAUGUUUCUGGGACUUCAUCAGCUGAAAACACUAUCGCUCUACGAUAACAUCAUUACCUGCGUCAUGCCCGGUUCGUUCGACUACCUGACAUCGCUGACACAGCUAAAUCUCGCAUCGAACCCAUUCCGUUGCAACUGCCACCUUGCAUGGUUCUCCGACUGGCUGCGAAAGAAGCAGCUGAACGGUCCGCCGGCACGUUGCACAUCCCCGUCGAAGGUGCGCGACGUGCCCAUUAAGGAUUUGCCACACUUUGACUUUAAGUGCACUUCGGACAUGGACCAAGGCUGUCUGGGCGAAGGUUACUGUCCGCCAUCCUGCACCUGCACCGGCACGGUCGUUCGAUGUUCCCGCAACAAGCUGAAGGAAAUUCCUAAAUCCAUCCCGACCGAAACGACCGAACUAUAUCUGGAGUCGAACGAAAUCUCGAUGAUACAUUCCAAUCGUAUCAACCAUCUGAAGGCUCUUACCAGACUGGACUUAAGCAACAAUCAGAUUGGUAUUCUUUCCAACUACACGUUUGCAAACUUGAGCAAACUCUCUACACUUAUAAUAAGCUACAACAAUCUGCAGUGUGUACAGAAGUACGCGCUCUCAGGAUUGACCAACCUGAAGGUCCUUUCCCUGCAUGGUAACAAAAUUUCUAUGAUUCCCGAAGGUACCUUCAAUGAUCUACAAUCAAUUACACACAUCGCUCUGGGAAGCAAUCCACUGUACUGCGACUGUUCUCUUCGCUGGCUUUCGGAGUGGGUUAAGCGAGACUAUGUUGAACCGGGCAUUGCACGCUGUGCCGAGCCGGAACUGAUGAAGGACAAACUAAUCCUAUCGACACCGGCCAGCCAGUUUGUUUGCUCCGGAAAGGUUGGCAACGAAAUACUGUCCAAGUGUGACGCUUGCUAUACCUUCCCGUGCAAGAACGAGGCUGUUUGUAGUGCACUUCCGGAGCGACAGUACGAGUGCAAGUGUAAACCGGGUUAUCACGGAACGCACUGCGAGUUUAUGAUAGAUGCGUGCUAUGGUAAUCCCUGCCGUAACAAUGGUACCUGCACCGUGCUGGAAGAGGGCAGAUUCAGUUGCCACUGUCUGCACGGUUAUUCCGGUUCCCGGUGCGAGGUUAACAUUGAUGACUGCGUGGACCACAAGUGCCAGAACAACGGUACUUGUGUGGAUGGCGUCAAUUCGUACAGUUGCUCCUGUGCGGCCAGCUUCACUGGAGAGUACUGUGAGAGUAAGAUUGAGUUCUGCGGUAAGGACUUUAAUCCGUGCCAGAAUGGUGCCAAGUGUGUGGACCAUACGACACAUUACAGCUGCGAAUGUCUGCCCGGAUACCGUGGGCUUAACUGUUCGGACAACAUCGAUGACUGUGUGAACCAUAUGUGCCAGAAUGGAGGUACUUGUGUGGAUGGCAUCAACGAUUACACAUGCAAGUGUCCCAACGAGUUUACGGGCAAGUUCUGCGAAGGUGCCCCAAUGGUGGCCAUGAUGUAUCCGCAAACGUCUCCCUGUCAGCAGCACGAAUGCAAGUUUGGUGUCUGCUUCCAGCCCAAUCCUUCCAGUGCAGACUAUAUCUGCAAGUGUGCCCCAGGUUAUUCGGGCAAACGGUGUGAAUAUCUGACCAGCUUAACGUUCCUGCAUAACAAUUCGUUUAUUGAGCUGGAACCGCUCCGAACCAAGCCGGAAGCAAACGUUACGAUCGUGUUUAGCAGUACGCAACAAAAUGGUGUACUUAUGUACGAUGGGCACAAUGAGCAUCUGGCGGUAGAACUAUUUAACGGUCGCAUUCGUGUGAGCUAUGACGUUGGCAAUGAUCCGGUGUCCACGAUGUACAGCUUCGAAAUGGUCGCCGAUGGCAAGUAUCACAUGGUGGAGUUGCUGGCAGUUAAGAAAAACUUUACGCUUCGAGUCGACCGUGGCCUGGCACGCUCUAUCAUCAACGAAGGUUCGAAGGAUUACCUGAAACUGUCGAGCCCGAUGUAUCUGGGAGGUUUGCCGGCAGAGCCAGGCCAGCAAGCGUACAAACAGUGGCACCUCCGCAAUUUGACCAGUUUCAAGGGCUGCAUGAAGGAAGUGUGGAUUAAUCACAAGCAGGUCGAUUUUCUGAAUGCCGCACGGCAGCAAAAGAUUACGCCGGGAUGUGCCCUGCUUGAUCAGGAUACUGAGAGUGAAAUGGAUGACGAAUUUAUGCAGGAAACGCCGGUGAUCCUUAAAGAGGUUAACCCUUGCGAAAAUCAUCAAUGCAAACGAGGAGGCAAAUGUGUGCCCAACGGUAAGGGUGGCUACUCCUGCAAGUGUAAGAAAGGCACCAAGGGAAAAUAUUGCGACCAAGGUGAGGGAUCGGUUUCGCUAGUGAUCGACGAGGACCCGUUCAAAACUUCCUCUUCCGUUGCCAACACGUGUCGCAAGGAGCAAGUGCGAGAGUACUACACGGAGAACGAUUGCCGCUCGAGGCAACCGCUCAAGUACGCCAAGUGCGUUGGAGGUUGCGGCAAUCAGUGUUGCGCCGCCAAAGUCGUACGCCGAAGAAAGGUACGCAUGGUGUGCAGCAAUAACACCAAAUACGUGAAGCAGCUGGAUAUUGUGCGAAAAUGCCACUGUACAAAGAAAUGCUACUGACUGCAAGACCAGAAUGGCAGCCUAGGAUUACAAUUAUCUAGUUUAAGUGAAGCUAAUUUAAAUACUAUUACUACUACUACCACAACUACUACAACUAUACACGGUAGCUCUAAUGAUAAGUGGAUAAACUUUGAGGUCGAUUAUGACGACGAAAUGAUGCAGAACGAUGCUCCCGAGCCAGCAGCAGCCCCACUCGCAAUGGUACCGAUUGAGCAGUCACACACGACAGAAACGCUUCCUGCCGGUGGUCCCGUUGGUACAACGAUCGUCGGAGAUGAGUUUCAUCGCGUGAUGCACCAGCUGGAAGAGCUCAAGGAGAAGCCUUUGUUUAGUGAGGAUGAGCUCGAAGAAGCCACCGAAGAGGACGAUCUGUUCGACGAUGAAGAUUAUGACCUGGAGGAAGUCAUACGUCGGCAUAGACAGAAAUUAGAGGAAGCUCGCCAAAAGGCGGGAAUCGUCGAUGAUGAUGAUGACGAUUACUACGACGACUAUAGUGCGGAAGAGGAUGAGGAGGAGCAAAGGCGAAAAAAACAAUCGAAAGCCGGCACUGCACCGGACGAAGGCAACGCCGACAAUGUAAUGCAGGACUUCCUUCAUAUCAAGAGCAAAUCAGCUACUCAUCGGUUCAAGUCAAAGUUUGAUGACUUUAACGAUUCCGGCGAUGGAGACCUGCUGUCCGGCAUUAGCAACAGUCGAAAGUUGCGCAAGAAUGAUUCCAUCAAAAUAAUCUCGACGCCGAACGGGAAGGUCGGCAUUGUGUACAAGGUAGAACCAAAGGUGACCGAUGAGGAAUCGGCCAGGAAAGCGACCUCGGAUGCCACCGGUAGCGGGGUAGGGUCGAACAGUGGUGCAGCUGGCGGUGGUGGAGAGCAGCGACAAAACAAGAUCACACCCGUCAUAACGGCCGACGGUAAGGUGGCACUGCUGUACCGGGGAGCAUCCGACAAUGGUGACACGUUCCGCAACAAGUACGAACCCAUCACGGCCAAGGACAUACUACAAUUGAUCGACAAUAAUAAUAAUAACAAUAGUAAUGGGGGCGCCAGCGACGGCAGCAACUCACCCGCGAGCACUAACAGCAGUAUUAAAAAUAUUACCAAUAAUAAUAUUUAUAAUAGUCAUAAUAAUUACGGUAAUAGUUAUGAUAGUUUUAAUAGAAACGUCAAUAAUGUGAUCGUUGAUGCGCAUCCACCGGAUACGGGUGAUAAUUCGCGGGAGAACAAUGCUGCUAGCGGUGGGGCGGGUGCAAUUCAUCGGUUGGAACCGGCGCCAACGGUAGCCUACCCGCGGAUCACAACACCAAUGUCACGAAACAGUCCAGGCGGCGUACAGCACUUUGCUCCAACCAGUAUCACCUCUCACAUCCCUACCACGAGCAGCAGUCCGGUAACGGCCACUACACCCGGUACUUUCCAGCCUAACGAUCGGCAGGAAAAUUCGCUGCUCAUCAAUCGGCCACUGUCGGAAGUGUUGGGUAUUCGCAAGAACCAGUACUUGGAGACGAACACGAUCAAAAUACCAAAUAGCGAAACGUCGACGAACAAAAUGCGUAUUGGCAGUAGUAACAAUCUGCUGUCCUCGUUGUUGCACAAUCUGCAGCAACAGCAUGUAGGUCUACCGAACUCAAGCAGUAUCAUCGGCGAUCACGGUGAACAGGACCGGCGACCAACGCCCGACGACGAACAACACCAUCGACGGGCCGGAUACAGUGUGAACGGGUUUAGCCGGUCACGGUUCUACAUUAAUCGGCGGACAACGCCAGCCUUGCCGCCCCGUAUCAUCAAGGAGGAAAGUGAGGAAGACACGUUCAUCGGCGAUGGGGACGAUAACGCUCUGCCGGAGGUAAUUAAUCUUGCAAUUAUACCCGCGUUCGAGCACGAAAUCGAUGAGAAGUACAUCCGGCCACACCACGGCGAUUGGCACCGUCGCCAUCGGCAUCAGUACAACGUGGCACCGGGUCAACCGGCUGUACACUGUGCAAUGCAAGCGCUGGUAGCGUGUGCCGUGCUGGCGACGUUCUUCGGGAUUGUAGGAACGUACUUUAAGUCGCGCGUCGUCGAUCACAUCCGCGUACUGUAUUGGUAGGAUUUGUGCGGUAUUCGAUCGGUGCCGGUGGAGCAAAACUAUCAAAACUACUACUAUCGUCUGUAUCGGAAGCUCGUGCAACGAUAACCGGAUCCGGACGGUGUAGAUCUCUGCCUGCCUUCGUCAUUGAUCGAAUACCACG